AUGGACUCUCCAUUUUUGGAUGUAGCCAAACUACAUGGCUUACUGUACUUUCUCAUACUUGUCUCGAUGACUUACCUACUGUUACGAUUGGUCGAAUACUUGGUCCUCAAGCCUGCUCCAGAGGAGCCGCCUUUGGUUCGGUCUCCCGUACCAUUCCUGGGACACAUCUUCGGUCUCCUAGGUUAUGGUGUCUCCUAUUAUGCUUAUCUAAGGGCGAAAACAAACUUGCCCAUUCUCACUCUGUAUCUGGCUUCUCAAAAGACAUACAUUGUGAACUCGCCAGAGCUUAUCGCGGUGAUAUCUCGCCGACAGAAAGAAAUCGAUGGAAACAUUCCAUUUAUCACCAUUGUCUACGGCAAGCUGUUUGGCUUCCAACAUCACGAUGUCUCCGAGCUGCUACGCAAUCCCAUGGACAAGGGCUCGCUGAGGCAAGCGGCACACGUUAUAGAACACACUCUGCUCGCACCAAACACUGCUGCGUCCAAAGAAGUUUAUACAAAGAUUUUCAAAGGACUAGCAGACCACAUCAACAAGAUUGGCGAAGGCCAACAGAGUAUCGCCGUUCAGCAAUGGCUGCAAAAGGCCUUCACGUUGUCCACCGCAAAUGCUCUCCAUGGGCCAAACGGUCCUUUCGCCCAAUCCCCGGAUCUAGUGGAUACGUUCUGGGACUUCGAGAACGGGCUCAAGGCCUUGACUAUGGGGGUGCUUCCAUCCAUCACUGCUUCAACUCCAGCAGUUGCCCGUCAGCGGCUUGUUGAUGUUUUAAUGGAAUAUUUCGGCGAUUCCUUUCCGGCAGACUCCGCCUGCGAGCUCGUCCGCCGUGGCCGCGAGAUGGCACAGGAACACGAUAGAGGGACGGAGUUCAUGGCCCGCUACGGCCUCGGCCUCCUAACUGGAUUCGUUAUUAAUACCGUACCGGCAACUUUCUGGAUGGUGGUCAGAAUUGCUAAAGAUGCAACUCUUCUAGCCGAGGUUCGCAAGGAACUUUCCACAGUCGUCAAGACCUCCUCACAUGGCGAGGGCAGCGUGACGGUUGAUGUAUCGGCCAUCCACUCGAAUUGCCCGCUACUCAUGUCAAUUUGCCAUGAAACUCUCCGUUACAUUAGCUCCUCGACAGGGACGUUCCUAGUCAACCAAGACGUGCCGAUUGGAGAUCAGUUUGUCCUCAAAAAGGGGGCCAUAUUGCAAAUGGCGGCCACCGCCAUCCACUCCAACCCCGCCGUAUGGGGUCCCGAUGCGAAAUCGUUCGACGCGGAGAGAUUUCUCAAGCCGAACAAAACGCAUCCUGCAGCUAAUCGCACAUUUGGCGGCGGAAGCACUUUGUGUCCCGGGAGACAUCUCGCCGUGGAUGAGAUGUUGACGUUUACGGCGAUGUUUAUCUCCACAUUCGAUUUCAUGACUGCUUCUGAUCCUGGCGGCCUGCCAGAACAGGACGACACCAAUAUGUUGUCUGUCAAAAAGCCCAGGUCCGAUGUGUUGUUGACACUGCAGCGGAGGCGUGGGAUGGAGCAUGAGAAAUGGGUUUUUGGGGACAAUACACCUGGCACUCUGUAA